ACAGCUGUUUAAAAUUUGCACCUGCAUUUGUAUUUUGUAAGAGAUUGGCUCAGUUGCCCUUCCGAUAUUCCGAAAAGAAAUGGCCGCAAGUUCCAAAAAAGCUUUGAAUAAACUGAGAUCGUUGGCGUUGGUUUGCAGUGGAGGCGUUCUUGUUUUUUCCGGUGUAUGCAUUCACCAAGGUCAUGAGAAUUAUUACAAAAAUGUGUUGAUGCCGGCCACACGUUUAUUACCGCCCGAGACUAGUCACAAAUUGGCCAUAUGGUGCUGCAAAUACAAGGUCUUUGGUCAACCGAAGUACAAGGAUGAGGAGAUUUUGAAAUCUAAAUUCUUUGGACAUGUGCUUCAAAAUCCACUUGGCAUAGCUGCAGGUUUUGAUAAACAAGGCGAAGGUGUUGAAGGUUUAACCCAAUUGGGCUUUGGUUUCGUUGAGAUUGGUUCGGUAACGCCAGAACCACAGCCGGGAAAUCCAACACCAAGAGUAUUUCGUUUGGUUGAAGACGAAGCCAUUAUUAACCGUUAUGGUUUCAAUAGUGAUGGUCAUGUUGCGGUCUAUAAUCGUUUAAAAAAGCUUAAGGAUUCCGGCACUUUUCAAGGAGUUUUGGGCAUAAAUUUGGGCAAGAACAAGACUUCUGCAUCGGCAAAAUCUGAUUACAAACAGGGAGUAGAAAUAUUUGGUCCCAUAGCCGAUUAUUUAGUUGUAAAUAUUAGCAGCCCGAAUACUCCUGGUUUAAGGGACUUGCAGGGGAAAAAGGAUUUACAGGAACUACUUGAAAGUGUUAUACAAACUCGCAAUGACUUACCAUCCAAUAAUAAGGUACCGGUCUUGCUUAAAAUUGCCCCAGAUCUAACACAACAAGAUAUUAAGGAUAUUGCAUCGGUUAUCAAUAAAAAAUCCUGUCGUGUUGAUGGCUUAAUCGUAUCAAAUACCACAGUGUCAAGAGAUAAUCUUAAAGAUGACAAACUGGCAGUGGAAACUGGUGGACUUAGCGGUGUGCCUUUACGUUCCAAAUCCACACAACUUAUAGCUGAGAUGUAUUAUCAAACAAGUGGUAAAAUACCCAUUAUUGGUGUGGGUGGUAUUUCGUCGGGCCAGGACGCCUUUGAGAAACUAGAAGCUGGUGCUUCUUACUUGCAAUUAUAUACAUCGUUUAUUUAUCAUGGCCCACCCGUGGUGACACGCAUUAAAUCGGAACUUGCUAAUAUUUUAAAGGACAAAGGUUACAAAUCCUUAAGCGAAGCAGUGGGUAGCAAUUAUAAAGUGCAUCUAAAGAAAUAGUCACUGUAAAUGUAAUAUCUCACAUUAAUAAGGUGCAUGUACAAGUAUUGCAUGGUUGUUUUUUAAUUAAGUUUUAAAAAAAUUAUAAACUUUUCUCGAAUUGAGGAAUAAUAUGGCAAAUGAACCCGUAAAAGGUUGGAAGUUUUUUUAAUAUAUUUUAAAAAGUAUGUUUUUUUAUCAUAUAAGAAACUAGCCACCUAAAUUAUUACAAAUUUUUAAAAUUCUUUUGAGACAGCACAAAAAUAAAGUAUACCUUUAUUAUUGUUGAAAAAUCA